UCACCUGGGCGGGCGGUGGCGGCGGCUGCGGCGCUGCGCAGCGCGGUGCCGGGCGGGCGGCGGCCGAAGGGGCAGCAUGGCGCGGGAGAGCGGUUCUCCGUGGGCCAUGGGACUGCUGAAAACCUUUGAGGAGAAUGAGUUCAGCAGCUGGGAGAAGAUCGGCUCGGGGGGUUUCGGGCAGGUGUACAAGGUGCGCCACCUCCACUGGAAGACCUGGCUCGCCAUCAAGUGUUCGCCCAGCCUUCAUGUGGACGAGAAGGAGCGCAUGGAGUUACUAGAAGAAGCCAGGAAGAUGGAAAUGGCAAAGUUUCGCUACAUCCUUCCUGUUUAUGGCAUCUGUAAAGAGCCAGUUGGCUUGGUCAUGGAAUACAUGGAAACGGGGUCUCUGGAAAAGCUCCUGGCUUCCGAACCUCUGCCCUGGGAAUUGCGCUUCCGAAUCAUCCAUGAGACAGCAGUGGGGAUGAACUUCCUGCACUGCAUGUCCCCUCCGCUGCUCCACCUGGACCUCAAGCCUGCAAACAUCCUGCUUGAUGCUCACUACCAUGUCAAGAUUUCUGACUUUGGACUUGCAAAGUGCAAUGGCUUGUCCCAUUCCCAUGACAUCAGCAUGGAUGGCUUGUGUGGCACAAUUGCAUACCUUCCUCCAGAGCGUAUCAAAGAGAAAAACAGGUGUUUUGACACCAAACAUGAUGUGUACAGCUUUUCCAUCGUGGUUUGGGGAGUUCUUACACAGAAGAAGCCUUUUGCAGAGGAAAACAACAUUUUACAUAUUAUGGUAAAAGUAGUUAAAGGCCACCGCCCAGAGCUACCUGCUGUUUCCAAAUCCAGACCUCAUUCAUGUAAUAACUUGAUCAAACUGAUGCAAAAAUGUUGGCAAGAUGAUCCUGGUGAACGGCCAACAUUUCAAGAAAUCACUUCAGAAACAGAGACCCUUUGUGAAAAACCAGAAGAUGAAACAAAAGAGAUGAUAACUCAGGACCUGGACACCAAAAACUCCCCCGAGCAGCAGCCCGAGGGGAUGUCUGCAUUAUCUCAGCCAAAACAGGAGCCUGCUCUACCAUCAGUAAAGGAUUACAGUCUCUCAGAGUUGUUGUCCCAGCUGGAUUCAGGGAUUUCACAGACUAUGGAAGGCCCUGAGGAUCUCAGCCGCAGCUCUUCUGAGUCCAAACUUGCCUCCAGUGACAAGCGGCUUUCAGGAGUUUCCUCUGUAGAUUCAGCUUUUUCAUCCAGAGGCUCCCUUUCCCUUUCCUUUGAAAGGGAGAGUUCAGAUAUUGGUACUACAGACAUACAGAAGAGGAAGCUAACAGAGGCCAUUUUAUCUGGAGAUACCAGCAAGCUGAUGAAGAUCCUCCAGCCUCAAGAUGUUGAUAUUGUUUUAGAUGGGAACUCCAGUCUUUUGCACUUGGCUGUUGAAGCUGGUCAAGAAGAAUGUGUCAAAUGGCUCCUCCUGUACAACGCUAACCCUAACCUCACCAACAAGAAAGGAUCCACCCCUCUUCACAUAGCCAUUGAGAAGAAAGUUAAAAGCAUUGUGGAGUUGAUUAUGGCAAGGAAAAUCAAUGUUAAUGCUAAAGAUGAGGAUCAGUGGACUGCUCUUCACUUUGCUGCCCAAAACGGGGAUGAUUUCAGCACCAAAAUGCUGCUUGAUAAGAAUGCAUCCUUAAAUGAGGUAGAUUUUGAAGGCAGAGCCCCUAUCCACAUAGCCUGUCAGUAUGGCCAAGAGAACAUUGUGCGGAUCCUGCUGAGAAGAGGCGUUAAUGUGAACAUCAAAGGAAAGGAUGACUGGGUGCCACUGCACUAUGCUGCCUGGCAAGGUCAUCUCCCCAUCGUAAAGCUUCUGGCCAAACAACGGGGUGCAAACGUGAAUGUGCAGACCGUGGAUGGAAGGACCUCGCUACACUUGGCCGCUCAACGAGGACACUACCGUGUCGCUCGCCUUCUCAUAGACCUGGAGUCGGAUGUCAACAUACAGAACGCGCUCUUGCAGACUGCUCUCCACAUAGCUGCUGAAACUGGCCACACAAGCACGUCAAGGCUGCUCCUUAAACACGGUGCAGACAUUGAGGCAGCAACAGCAGAAGGAUACACUGCUCUGCACUUGGCAUCUCGCAGCGGCCAUUUAGCAACAACAAAGUUGCUGAUAGAUGAAAGGGCCAGCGUUCUAGCCAGAGGCCCUUUAAAUAGGACAGCGUUACAUCUUGCUGCAGAAAACGGGCAUUCUGAAGUAGUAGAAGAACUUGUCAGUUCAGAAAAUAUUAAUGUUUCUGACAGUGAAGGGUUGACAGCUCUUCAUCUGGCUGCACGAGGAGGGCACACAAAAACAGUUGAGGUUCUUCUGAAGCAUGGGGUGCACAGUGACAUGCAAAGACCCACAUGUCAGACCCUGCUACAGCUUGCUCAGCAGAGACGUAACAGCUCAGUUACUGUGUUGUUAAGUGAGACUUAA